AUGACAAAUCUCUUGCCAUCAUUUUCAUUUUCAGUGAUUCCACUUAAUCAGCAUAAAUAUGAAACCAAAUGCUCCUUUUUUCACACUUCCUUGGAUCAGAACCAACUUGUUAGUAAAAGUUUGCAAGAUCUCAUAAUACCCUUUUCUUUGAAUUUUACUUCAAAGCUGUGUGCCACGUCAUCAAGGUUGUCUAUACAAGAAACUGAGCAGAAACAAUCAGAAGAUAUCAAAACAGCAUUGCCUUAUUUGUUUCGGACAGAAAUAGGUGAAGGUUUGGUCAAAGUUUAUGUCAAAAAGAAAAAAGAUACUUAUUUUGUUUAUAUUGAGGUUUCUUCUUUAGAGUUAAGUAACGUUGAAAGGGAAACAUUUGUCUUGUGUUGGGGUGUGUAUAGUCAUGAUUCCUCAACUGUGGAUUCUGGGAAAGGGAUGAAUGUGAUUCCCUUUGUGAAAAAUUCUCUUGGAAAAUUUUCAGUUGAAUUGGAAUUUGGUGUUGGACAAGUUCCUUUCUACUUGUCUUUUUUGUUGAGAUUGUCUGGAUUGGAAAUCAGAACCCAUUUGAAAAGGAAUUUUUGCGUGCCUGUUGGUUUUAUUCGGGGUCGCCCGUCUCCGUUGGGGAUCUCUUUUUUCCCUGAUGGGUCUAUCAAUUUCGCAGUUUUUUCAAGGCAUGCAGAGGGUGUGGUUUUGUGUCUGUAUGAUAACAAUGAUGACACUGGUGUGAAGAAGCCUGCUUUGGAGCUUGAUCUUGAUCCGUAUGUCAAUAGGUCAGGUGAUAUAUGGCAUAUCUCUUUGGAGAAUGCAAAGACUUUUGUAAGCUAUGGUUAUCGCUUUAGAGGAGUUAACAGCAAUAACAGUUAUGCUGAGUGUGUUGUUUUGGAUCCUUAUGCUAGAAUUGUUGGGAAUUCGUUUCCUAAUGGUAUUGGGUCGGUGAAGAGCCUUGGAUUUUUGAGAAAGGAACCUGCUUUUGAUUGGGGUGAUGAUUAUCAUCCGAAUUUGGACAUGGAGAAACUAGUGGUGUAUAGGUUGAAUGUGAAGCGCUUUACCGAGCAUGAGUCAAGUAACCUUUCCGGUGACUUAGCUGGGACAUUUUCUGGUUUGGCAAAGAAGUUGCAGCAUUUUAAAGAUCUGGGUGUGAAUGCUGUUCUGUUGGAGCCAGUUUUCACGUUCGAUGAGGAAAAGGGGCCUUAUUUUCCUUGUCACUUUUUCUCUCCAACAAACCUUUAUGGACCUUCUGGUGAUCCUGUAUCUACUAUAAAUUCAAUGAAAGAGAUGGUGAAAACUAUGCAUGCCAAUGGAAUAGAAGUUAUAAUGGAAGUUGUUUUUUCCAAUACAGCCGAGGUUGGUGCUCUGCAAGGUAUUGAUGACUUAUCUUACUAUUAUGCAAAUGGUGUUUGUGGUUUAAAGGUACACAGUGCUUUGAAUUGUAAUUAUCCUAUAAUGCAAAAUUUGAUUUUGGAUAGCCUUAGGCAUUGGGUAACUGAGUUUCACAUUGAUGGCUUCUCAUUUGUAAAUGCUUCACAUUUGUUGAGGGGGUAUCAUGGAGAAUACUUGUCUCGACCUCCCUUGGUUGAAGCAAUUGCUUUCGAUCCUGUACUGUGGAAAACUAAAAUCAUUGCAGAUUGCUGGGUUCCCAAUGACAUGGAAGCGAAAGAGAUUCGAUUUCCUCAUUGGAUGAGAUGGGCUGAAAUAAAUACAAAUUUCCGCAGUGAUGUGAGGAAUUUUCUUAGAGGUGAAACUCUUCUUAGCAACCUUGCAACACGACUUUGUGGGAGCGGAGACAUGUAUUCCGAUGGAAGAGGCCCUGCGUACUCUUUCAAUUAUGUUGCCGGUAAUUUCGGACUUUCACUUGUGGACUUAGUCAGCUUCAGCGGUGCGGCUGAGUUGAGUUGGAAUUGCGGAGAAGAAGGACCUACUAAUAGUACUGAUGUCCUUGAAAGGCGACUCAAACAAAUCCGCAAUUUCCUAUUCAUCUUGUUCGUGUCAUUAGGAGUACCUAUUUUAAACAUGGGAGAUGAGUGUGGCCAUUCCUCUGGUGGUUCUCUUGCCUAUGGUAACACAAAACCCUUCAACUGGGCUGCUUUAAAAACAGGUUUUGGUAAACAAACCACCCAAUUUAUUUCCUUUUUGACUUCCUUGAGAAUAAGGCGGAGUGAUCUUCUUCAGAGUAGGAGCUUCUUAAAAGAAGAAAACAUUGAAUGGCGAGGAAUUGACGAGGCUCCGCCAAGAUGGGAAGAUCCAUCCUGCAAGUUCCUAGCCAUGACUUUGAAGGCCGAAAGAAAUGAGCUUCAAGAGAGCUCUGUAUCUUCUGAUAUAUUAGGGGAUCUAUUUGUUGCUUUCAAUGCAGAUGAUCGUCCAGAAACUGUAGUUUUACCCUUGCCUCCAGAAGGAAUGUCAUGGUACCGCAUAAUCGAUACUGCUCUUCCAUUUCCUGGCUUUUUCUUGAACAAUGGUGAUCUUGUCCUAGAGCAAAUAUCAGGUUUGUCUACUUAUGAAAUGAAGUCUUACAGCUGCAUUUUGUUUGAGGCAAAUAUUAGUCCUAGUUAG